GGGAGCCUUCACCAGGAAGAACGAUGAAGAUCGUGGUUGCCAAAGUGCUGUGUCUGCUGGGCAUCUGUGUCCUCAUGCUGGCUGGGUCCCUCCUCCCCGUCAAGAUAAUUGAGGCUGAUUACGAGAAAGCUCAUCGCUCCAAGAAGGUUCUUGCUCUCUGCAAUUCUUUUGGAGGAGGAGUCUUCCUGGCCACCUGCUUCAACGCCUUGCUGCCUGCUGUGAGAGAAAAGCUUGAUGAAGUUCUCAGGCAGGGGAACGUGACCACGGACUACCCGGUGGCUGAGACCAUCGUGAUGGUUGGCUUCUUUGUGACAGUCUUUGUGGAGCAGCUCAUCUUGACCUUCCAGAAGGAAAAGCCCUCCUUCAUCGACUUGGAGACCUUCAAUGCCGGUUCGGAUGUCGGAAGUGACUCUGAAUAUGAGAGUCCCUUCAUCGCAUCUUCCCGAGGGCGCAUGUCGUACAGUGAACACGGUCAUCACUCCCACAGCCAUGGCCUGAAUAUCCAGGAGCUCUCCCGCUCCAGCCCCUUACGGCUCAUCGGGCUGGUGUUUGCUUUGUGUACACACUCCAUCUUCGAGGGACUGGCCCUGGGCUUGCAGGAGGAGGGUGGCAAAGUCAUGAGCUUGUUCCUAGGAGUUGCUGUUCACGAGACGCUGGUAGCGGUGGCGCUGGGCAUCAGCAUGGCCAAGACCUCGUUGCCACUGAAGGAUGCUGUGAAGAUGGCUGUGACAGUGAGCCUGAUGAUUCCUCUGGGCAUUAGCAUUGGGAUGGGGAUUGAGAGCUCCCAAAACGCGGCCAGCAACAUUACUUCCCUGCUCCUGCAAGGCAUCGCGGGGGGCACUUUCUUGUUCAUCACCUUCUUCGAGAUCCUUGCGAAGGAGUUGGAAGACAAGAACGACCGUCUCUUGAAGGUUCUCUUCCUGGUGCUGGGCUACACGGCUCUGGCUGGGCUGGUCUUCUUCAAGUGGUGAACGCAGGAGCGAUGGAAAGCAAACCUCGCCUCCUUCCCUUGCCAACAGCACCGGAGAUGAGCCUCCUCUUCAGCCAAGGGGGACACUGAAGCUCAAUGGCCAAAUGAAACAUCAUGGUCCGGGUGGUAUUUCCAUAUUGACCUGAAGAAGGAGAAUUUCUUCCUGUGUGCUCAGAGGGAGAUAAAAAUGAGGAGUGUCCCAGUGUAGGUGUCACGAGGUAUUGUCCCUGCCCGUUGGGGCUGCAGGCGCAGCAGCUUGGGCGGAGAUUAGUCGAUGCAAACAUUAAGAAUCUGGUUCUAAGGCUGCCUGCAAAGAGUUUGUCAAGCGUGUGGUUUCCUGUUAAUCUGUGUGGCCAGCCCCCUCCCUCCUUCCCCUCACACCCAUUGCAGAAACUGUGGCCAAGAGUCUCCUUCCUUAGCUCUCAGGCUCUGAGAAGGCGAGAAAAUAACAGAAAUAAAGUCAAAAGCAGGUGGGAUCACGGAUU